GGGUCAACCAGUCAGCAGAUGAUUUCCUCCUCUUCGGUCGCUCUCUCUUCUAUUACUGCCACUAUUUCUAUGAGACUGGCGAGUUCCACUUCUGGAUUAUUCCUUCGACUUUUCUCUUCAUCGUCCUUAACUAUCCCUAGAAACCCCCGUUAUUUACAAUUUCACCAGGCCAGGUGGAACCUGCCUCAUAGGGGACCUUUCUUCGUUGCUCAAAUCCCGAUCAGGCCCUUUAGGGUCAUUUUGAACGGAAUGGAGCAGAGCAGUGUCGUCGCCAACGGGGGUGGAUUGAGCUCCGCUAGGGUUUCAACACUGUCAAAUGGCGGAGAUAACAGCAGCGAAUUAGUCAGUUUCCAGCUGUCUCCUACCUGUUCCCUCGAAAUUCAGAAAGGCGAUAUCACGCAGUGGUCAAUUGAUGGAGCCUCCGAUGCCAUCGUUAAUCCUGCUAAUCAGCUAAUGCUUGGAGGUGGUGGUGCUGAUGGAGCCAUACAUCGAGCUGCUGGUCCAGAACUACGAGAUGCGUGCUAUCAAGUUCCUGAAGUCCGACCUGGAGUCCGCUGCCCUACUGGAGAAGCAAGGAUUACACCUGGUUUUAGAUUGCCUGCAUCUCAUGUGAUUCACACUGUUGGACCCAUAUAUGAUGUCGAUGGAAACCCUGAGGCUUCUUUGGCAAAUGCAUAUAGAAAUAGUCUACGCGUAGCUAAAGAGAACAAUAUUCAGUAUAUUGCUUUCCCAGCCAUAUCAUGUGGGGUAUUCAGGUACCCCUCUGAUGAAGCUGCCUUUGUGGCUAUCUCUACGGUCAGGGAAUGUGCUGAUGGCCUCAAAGACGUCCACUUUGUCUUGUUCUCAGAUGAGAUUUACAAUGCUUGGUCGAAAGCAGCCAGAGAAUUGCUUUCAAAUUCAUGAGCCGGUGGUUUGAUGAUAUGGUUAUGAGGCAUCUGAGCUGUCUUGCAUCAGUCUCUAAAAAUUAUUCCAAGGUUCAUGGGCUAUUUGCUGAGGAUAUUAAUGAUCAGUUUGCGAAUAAAUUUCCAGGAGCAUUGUCGAAAAAUUGGUGGCUUGUAUUUAGAACUUUUGGUUUUUGAUAGGGGGCAAGGAGUGUGUCUAAUGUAGCAUGAUCUAUCUAAAAACUCAUGGCUUCUUGUGCAUAUGAUAAUAAUGCUCGUGUGGCAUUUUGCGUUGACAUCA